UUUAACAAAUAAAUACUAUCAUAUUAAAUGGCCACGUCAGUCUCAAUUGGAGGUGUGGGCAGCUUGCUGGCGCUAGGGACCAUCGCCCCAGCAACGAUAGCAGGGGUGACCGCUCUAUUGGGAAUUGGAGCAUUGCUGCAUGGCAGUCAUCACCGAGCCCCAUCAUAUGGAUACAAAUCUGCUGGACACAUGCAUAGAAACGUGAAGCCUAAAGGUGGAGGCGGAGGCUACGAUAAACAUUUCGAAGAAAGUUCUCACAACAAAGGACCCGUUAUAAAUAAUCACGGAACAACAGGAGAAGGUACCCAGCAUCAUCAUUCAUACAUGCCCACAAACCAACAUGGCAGCCACCAUUCAUCAAUGAGAUUUGAAGUUCACGCAGACGAACACAAACCUGGCCAAGAUUUCCCAGUGUACUCAAGUGUGCAAAAUGCUGUCAGCGAGAGCUAUGAUGGAAAAAAUAGUAUUGUUCCGACUGGGUUUGGUCAACCAAAAGCCAAAACACUUCAUAGUAUAAUGGGAAAUAAAGGUAUUGAUCAUAAUUCAAAACAUUCAAUGACUGCUGGAAUGUCAAAGUUUCUAUUCUCAUCUUCCUUUCGAACGCCUCCUCCGAUGGAGACGAAUGGAAACAGAUUUGAUGCACCGAACAUCCGCUCGAAGCAGAAAGAAAUCGCGGAUUUCGACGAUGGAAUGAGAUCUCAUUUUCGCGAAUUUCAAGAAAGCAGUCGAGAGCCUAGGCACGUCCAAAACCGACGUGUGGACAACGGUCUGACAGAGACAUUCGCUGAAGCACUUUUGGACAUUGCGCUCGCCAGAGAUUCUUCAGACUGCGGAAAGAGGAUGAUCUGUGAGAUAGCGGGCAUACCGCGAGCCCGGAGAACUGGCGACCAGCAAGCGCUCCUUUCACUUCUCGGGACGAAACAUGAAAGCUACCAUCAACCCAGGAGUGCAGCCCUGCAGCAGUUCAGCGAGGCGCGCGACAUCGGUUCUAAUCAGUGGAGACUUUGCCAUGUCCGUUACCCUCUUUGUCCUAUCCGCAACGGGACCACGGUCUUGCAAGCUCUCGAAAUUAAUUAGGGUUUUUUACAUUUUUUACUAUCAAUUAUAAAAGUUUGAUUACAGAAUGCUUGGCGAAACGAAGAGUAAAUUUUGAAUUAUUUUUAGAAUUAAGUGCGAUGUUAGUUUAAAUUCGAUAAAUAGCAAGUUGAAUCCAAUUUUCUAAAGCAAUGAUAAUUUCACUGCGGAUUAUUUAGUAAAAUUUUAACCAUUUCUCCUAAAAUGUAAAUCUUGCUUACUCACAACCAAGUUCGCAAUUUUGUCCAGCAAUUAGAUUCGGUACUUCGUUCAAAUCUCGUAACAUUUUUUUAUGAGCUAGGAACCUUUGGACAGUCGCCGAACAAUGAGUCGUACGUUUGGAAGAAAAUUACAUGGACAUCCGGCUAACAAACUUUCCUUGUCAGGCACAGGGGCUAUAAAGUUCUUUCCUUCGGUAAAAUACUUUCAUUUGUGUACUUCAUCGGAAUUUACGGUCCUCGUAAUUAUCACCUUACCUAUGGGACAUCUAAACUAAAUGGAUCUUACCAUGAGCAUUUUUAUCCCAGCUCGAUCUUGCAGAGUUUUUAUUCAGUCCACACAAAUAAAGUAAGCCUCGGGUCAUCAGGACUUCAGUAAAAGUUCUACUGACAUAAUCUGUACGCUUUCUAACAUAUUAACUAUUACCCCUUCUAAUACCUAUUAACUAAUAACAUAUUAACUAAUACACCUAAUAUGAACGUGUCACCUAAGUUAAUGCUGAACGUUGACCAAUCUUACCAAUACGAAAAAUUUGUCGACGUUCCGAAAUAAUUACCAAUGAAAAUUUUUAUUUCAGUUCAAUUGCACAGUUCCUCUUGAAUUUCACACAGUUUUCAUAACCGUCAAAAAACACACGGUCAAAUAUCAAACAAAUUCAAAUCAGCCGUGUCAGCAUUAAAACAUGCAUUGCAUGACACCUAGUGCAGAUUUUAGUAAAUUUUUUUUAAUU